AACUUCUUGUCUUGAACUCAACAACAACUGUUUUCCUCGAUUUUCUGCUUCAACGACUCCAUACCCGAUACCCAAACUUGCUGCUUCGCGCGUCACGUUCCCGUCCAGCCUUUGUAGUGGCGACCUGCAAACGACUAAUCAAGCACCUGACACCUCUUUGCCCUUUAUCUCUUGGUUAAUUAAUCUGGCCCCCCGGUAGCGCCGCAACCCGCUUCGCCAGCAACCCCGUCUAAUCUCCCGACUACACAUCAACGUCACCACACCACAUCAUCUGUCCAUAAUGGCCACUCGUGGACCUCCCGGCGCGCGCCCUGGCAUGGGAAACCGCUUUGCCCAGUUCAAGCUGGUAUUGUUGGGUGAAUCGGCGGUUGGAAAGAGCUCGAUAGUCUUGCGCUUCGUCAAGGACCAGUUUGACUCGUACAGAGAAUCCACGAUUGGCGCUGCUUUCCUAACACAGACCAUUGCUCUCGACGAAAACACAACGGUCAAGUUCGAGAUCUGGGAUACCGCCGGCCAGGAGCGCUACAAGUCUCUAGCGCCCAUGUACUACAGGAAUGCCAACUGUGCAGUAGUCGUUUACGAUAUCACACAGGCGGCAUCUCUGGACAAGGCCAAGUCGUGGGUGAAGGAACUUCAGCGCCAAGCAAACGAGAAUAUCAUUAUCGCUCUUGCCGGCAACAAGUUGGAUCUCGUCCAGGAGCAACCCGAUAAGCGUGCGAUUCAGACGGCCGACGCCCAGGCAUAUGCAAAGGAGGCCGGCCUUCUCUUCUUCGAGACUUCUGCCAAGACUGCCGAGAACGUGCAAAACCUGUUCACCGAGAUUGCGAAGAAGCUGCCCCUCGACCAGGUUGGACCGAGGCAUGCUCGCCCUGGCCAACGACCGGGUGUCAGUCUAGCUCCCGAGGGGGCCAACACCCAGAUAGAGGCAACAGCCUGCUGGAGGAGGGGUGUUGCGCGCGUGGUUAAUGGUAAUUAUGCUAUUGAUUUUACUUUGAGCGUGGGGCAAUUUGAAAGAUAUUUACUGCCUUUGAGAGCUCUUUGUAACUUGAACCUGUGGUGGGCUGCCAACUCUUGCCUGCCCGCGUCGUCCCGGAACUUUGCCGACCGGGAGCUCUUUUUUGCUCAGACCCUCCGAGCCCAGUCCGUUCCGUCUGAGCCUCCAAUUCGCAAUUCCAGGCCCGGGACAUCUCCGCUGCACUCAACCACCACCCCCCUCCGCCCAUCCCAUAUCCUCAGUUGCGCCUCAAGGCCCUAUACCAUCCCCCUCAUGUUGCGCACAUCAUUGCGAUCCGUGAGGGCGCUGGGCAGCAGGCCUUCUGCCGCUGUUGCUGGCCGCCAAUGGCAAGCAACCGUCGUGCGCCGUGCGGCCGUGUCCGGUCAGCGCUUCUUCGCCGACGACAAGAAGCCCAUUGUCCCUGAGCCCUCUCAGCCCGCCGUCCUCCCGGCCUCCGAGACCUUGACUUCUCCAUCCACUCCUCCUCCUGCGUCACCCCAGGUCGAGCCCACGUCCACCGUCCCUCCCGAGGCCACCCCCUUGACGCCCCCCACCCCCGAGGCCACUGUCAUCCCCCCCGUCGCCGAGGAGCCCGUCGUCCCUCCUACUCUUCCUACUCCCCGCAAGAAAAAGGGCUUCUUCCGCAGGCUGCGCAACUUUUUCCUGUCCCUCACCAUCCUUGGCGCCAUCGCCUUUGGUGGUGGCGUCUACUACUCGCGCAUCAACGACGCCUUCCACGACUUCUUCACCGAGUACAUCCCCUAUGGCGAGCAGGCUGUUCUGUACUUGGAGGAGUUGGAUUUCAAGAAGCGCUUCCCCGAUGUGGUCAGCCGGGUGACCGGUCGUCCUCGCGACUCCGGUGAGCAGGUCAAGGUCCCUGCCCAGAGUGGUGCCUCGUGGCGCGUUGCCUCUGGUGGCGAGCCUGCCGGUCGUCAGUCUAGCUCUAUCAAGAAGGCUGGCGCUGCCGCCCAGGACGCUGUCCCCAAGUCUGAGCCCGCCGUUGUUGCUGCUGCCAAGGAGGAUACUGCUGAGCUUCCCAAGACCGAGGCCACCACCACCGCUACUCCGGCCGAACCUGCUCCUGCUCCCGCCGCCACCGAUGCUUCCGGCACCCCCGUGAAGAAGCCCUUCAAGGCUCCCGAGGUCGACGAGCCCUCUCGCUGGCCCCCUGCCUCGCCCAUUGACCCCUUGAAUGUCAACGGUGCCACCGACCCCAUUGUCCAGGACCUCGUCAAGAUGUUGAACGACGUCAUCACCGUUAUCAACCACGACAACGCCAACGAGAAGUACGCCCCCACCAUCUGCAAGGCCAAGAACGAGCUCUCCAAGGUUGCCGACAAGAUCAAUGAGAUGAAGGCCAAGGUUGAGGCCGACGCUGCUAAGCAGGUUAGGGCACGCGUUGAUGGGUUCGACAAGGCCGCCAACGAGCUUGUUUCUCGGGUUGAGUCCGCCAUGGCCGCUCAGGAGGCUGCUUGGCGUCGCGAGUUUGAGGAGGAGAUCACCCGCCUCAAGAAGAGCUACGAUGAGAAGGUCCACCUGAUUCAGGACCGCGAGCAUCAGAUUGCCGAGGAGAAGCUCAACAACCGUCUCCUUGAGCAGGCCAUCCAGCUUCAGCGCCAGUUUACCGAGAACAUCAAGAAGCACGUUGAGCAGGAGCGCGAUGGGCGUCUUGGCAAGCUUAACGAGCUUCACAAGGCUGUUGCCGAGCUUGAGAGGCUCACCUCUGGCUUGAACGAGGUUGUCGAUACCAACCUCCGCACUCAGCAGCUCCAUGUUGCUGUUGAUGCCGUUCGUGCCAGCCUUGAGGACGCUCACCACCCCCGUCCCUUCAUCAAGGAGCUCGUUGCUUUGAAGGAGAUUGCUGCCGACGACCCCGUAGUCGAUGCUGCUAUCGCUUCCAUUAACCCCACUGCUUACCAGCGUGGCAUUCCUACCACCGCCGAGCUCAUCGACCGCUUCCGCCGCGUUACUACCGAGGUUCGCAAGGCUUCUCUUCUCCCCGAGGAUGCCGGUGUCGCCAGCCACGCUUCCAGCUAUGUCCUCAGCAAGCUGAUGUUCAAGAAGGAGGGCCUUGCGGCUGGUGACGAUGUUGAGAGCAUCCUUACCCGCACUCAGACCUACCUUGAGGAGGGCGAUCUCGACAAUGCGGCGAGAGAGAUGAACGGUCUCAAGGGCUGGGCCAAGACCCUCAGCAGGGAUUGGCUCGGUGAGGUCAGGAAGGUGUUGGAGGUUCAGCAGGCGUUGGAUGUCAUUCAGGCAGAGGCCAGGCUGCAGAGCUUGAGGGUGGAGUAAAUAGGAUUGUUCGUUACGAGUAGUAGGCUUAGCACGCAUUCCCUUUGUUGUGAGACUCUAAGGUUACAGUGGCAAUCCGAGACAAAAUAGAGGCGCUUUUUUUUUUCUGGUUGU